AUGUCGGAUAAGGAUGUGGAGCAGUACAUCAGGCAGAAUGUUGUUUGGGCAAAAUUGCCCGAAGAGAUUCGACUUGUGUUGGGCAGCUCGCAGCGCGAAUACGACAAACUCGUGCUGGAAUACUCGAUCAAGAAUCAGCUUCGAUACAAGGGUAACAUAGUGAAAUAUGUAAAAAAGAACGAGGAAACUUACUAUGAUAUUCUGCUCAAAUACAGUGAAAAUCAUCUGAUGCUCUAUCCGUAUCAUUUGUCCGAUAUUGUGGUACGGGAACUCCGCGUGACACCGUUCAAUUACUACAUCAGUAUCAUGAUGGUUAUUCUUAUGAAAUUCUUGUUUAAGUUUAAAAAAAAGUAA